CCCCAUGAUCCGGUCUGGGGUCGGUCCCCCGACGGGGUCGCCCCGUGACGCACGCUAGUCGUAUAGAAGGGGGGAAGUGACGAGUACUACCAAGGGGGGGGGUUCCCAUCAACAAAGAUGGCCGACUAAAAUCUGGCUUUCGCAGUCGCAAAGGAAGUCGAUUAGCGGUUUGUUGCUGGUUAACGAGGAGGUGCUGAUUGCUUGCGGCGGCGCAGUUCACUAAUUUUCAAGACCAUCCUAGUGAACCAGAUCUUCAAGAACCAAGUACACAAAGGAGCCUAUUAACACCGUACCGCUCUAUGGCCUUAAGCUCAUGAAAGAGAUUAUAGCCCAAGCUUUGCCUGACUUGGUUUACUGACGGUAGAUUAUGUUGGUAUACAGACAGCAUCGGCAAUGAUUAUGUCAUGGACUAUGAUAUGCACAGGAGGAUCCGGCCUCGGCUUCAAAUUUCUUCCCAUGCUCGGCCGACACGUCAAAGCCCAAAUUGAACGCACCCCGGAUAAUUUCACGUCGUUGUGGAAGUGGCGUGUUGUCGAGGAAGGGAAACUAAAUCAUAGGUUGGAGCAGGGAGACAUGGGUCCGACAGAGCUGUCCAGCCUUAAAAUGGCUGAGCGUGUGUCCCCCAAACCUCAUAUUAGACAACGAGAACUAACAGAUGCUUUCCGUCCAAUGUGCACGCGCCGAAGUCGCCGAGCCCACCACUGGCAAAUGCAGUACUGUAAAAUAGUUGCUGUAGAGUGUACGUAGGCGCGGAAGUGGCGUGGACAACCGAGAGGUUCGUUUCAUGGAUAUUAUGUGUGGAGUCCGUUGUACUAGAAAUUACGGAGUACUGAUAGAGCAAACAUAUCUCACCUCUAAAAUGAUCUCAC